GCCAAAAUGUUGGGUAAAUUGAUCGGUCAGAAGUAUGUGACCAUUGCUAAAACAUGGGUCCCAACUCUGGCUGUAUGGGGCACAGUCGGAGGCGUAGCACUGGUCCACUUCACAGACUGGCGACUGGUUUUGGAUUAUGUCCCCUACAUCAGUGGCAAAUUCAAGAAGGACGAGUAGUGGCACUCAGGUCUGUGCUGAUUUUUUACACAAAGACUAAUAACAAGAACAAGAACUGCUGCAGCCCGUACCUUGUGUGCCAGGCCUCUGGAGGCAGUCAUCUUCAUCCUGCAGCUCAGUCAACAUCAAACUGUUCAUGAUCAACAUCCUCUGAAAUGCACUGGGGUUUGUCAUUUCAACGUUCCUCCACCAGUGACAACAUUGAUGAAAGGAAUAUGAACACACUGAUGAUGAAUGGACAUUUAUUUUAUUUUCCAUCUUAGUUUGGGGUCAGGUAUUUAUUUUAAUAAUCAGUCUCCUCCUGUGUGUCGGACCUGAUUCACUGGAAAAAUCUGUCAUCUGCCCUUCAUGUCAAACUGUAAAUGUUUUAAAGACAAGAAGUAAAGUAUGUGAGAUGUAUCCUA